GCCGGUCCGACGGCGCCGCCGCCAGGAGCCGCCGCCAUCUUGUCACCCCCGCGGAGGGGAGAGGCAGCGCCCCUCCCCGCAGCGCCGGGCCCGGCGCGCCGCCAGCAACCAAGAUGACUAUCAGCUUGUACGGAAACUUGGCCGUGGCAAAUACAGUGAAGUCUUCGAAGCCAUCAACAUUACCAACAAUGAGAAAGUAGUUGUGAAAAUACUCAAGGUCAUAAUCUCACCAGUUCAGCACAAGUACUUCGCUUGUUCUGAUCCAAGUUCAUAAAAUCCACAUGCUGGAUUCAUGGAGUGCAGCUCACUGCCUGAGAGAGAGGAAACAGGAGUGCAGAGAUCUUUCCCAGGAUGAUCAAACCAGCGUCUUGCAACGGAAGGUCGUUGCAGCACAUGAUAUCUCAGACUCCCGUCAAAAAGAAGAAGAUCAAACGUGAGAUUAAGAUCCUGGAGAAUCUCCGAGGUGGCCCUAAUAUCAUCAGCCUGCUAGACAUAGUGAAAGAUCCUGUGUCUCGCACACCUGCCCUGGUCUUUGAGCAUGUCAACAACACAGACUUCAAGCAAUUGUACCAGACACUAUCUGACUUUGACAUACGAUUCUACAUGUAUGAAAUCCUAAAGGCGCUGGACUACUGUCACAGUAUGGGUGUCAUGCAUCGAGACGUGAAGCCACACAACGUUAUGAUAGACCACGAACACAGAAAGCUGCGCCUGAUCGACUGGGGGCUGGCGGAGUUCUAUCAUCCCGGCCAGGAGUACAACGUGCGGGUGGCCUCGCGGUACUUCAAAGGACCGGAGCUCUUAGUAGAUUACCAGAUGUAUGACUACAGCUUAGAUAUGUGGAGCUUAGGCUGCAUGUUGGCCAGUAUGAUCUUCCGGAAAGAGCCCUUCUUCCAUGGUCAUGACAACUACGAUCAACUUGUGCGCAUCGCAAAAGUGCUGGGGACAGAGGACCUGUAUGACUACAUCGACAAGUACAACAUAGAGCUCGAUCCCCGCUUCAACGACAUCCUUGGCAGACACUCUCGGAAGCGGUGGGAGCGCUUCGUGCACAGCGAGAACCAGCACCUCGUGAGCACAGAGGCGCUCGACUUCCUGGACAAGCUGCUGCGCUACGACCACCAGACACGACUCACUGCCCGGGAUGCGAUGGAGCACCCGUAUUUCUAUCCCAUAGCAAAGGACCCAGCGAGGAUUGGCACCUCGGCUGGACUCUCGGCCACUAACACGCCCGUCAGCUCCUCCAGUAUGUUGGCAGGCAUUACCUCGAUGUCCGCGUCCCAGCCCAUCGGCAGCCUCGCUGCGUCGCCCGUCAUCUCCUCUCCAAACGCUUUGGGCUCGCCGGUCCCCGCUGCAGCCGGAGUGCAGCCCUGAACUCGGUUCUCGACCUCUGGCUUCUCGCACCGCCGAGGCUGGUGCCGCGCCUGCCUUCUGCCCUCCUGCCUGCCCCUCCGCGAGCCGUGGGGCUCUGGCCGCCUGCCAGCAGCCGCUUCCCAGAGGCAGAAGUGGGGUGGGGGUGGGAUGGGGGGGGCGCUCUGGAAUUUUAUUUUUAUUUCUGUUGAGUAUGAAAAAAAAAGAGCAAAAAUGUAGGUUCCUUUUUUUCUCUGUGCAGUAACAAUAUCGCACUCUCUGGCUACGGACCAAGGCUGAUCUCUGUUGUGUCUGUGUCGGGGUAAGGAGUUAGCUGCAUUCUUCUCAUGAGGAUCAUGGUUAGUGAUGCAACUACAGUGUAGAAAUCUAAAAUGGAUAAUAAAAUUUAUUUUCUAUGUCCCUAA